AUGGGAAGCGACGACGCGCAGUACCCAUCGAAAGCUACGCUAGUGUUACCGGACUACUUCGUGGGCAUGACAAUACGCCUUUUCGUCUACAAGAGAGAUGAUGAAGGUCAAGCAACGAUUAAUGUUGAAUAUUAUAAAGCUCUUCGAUAUUGGAAUGCACUAGUGGAAUAUAGAGACCAUCGCUUUAGAUUCUACUCAAAAUCCGGGGGAACAGGCAAUACAAGCUACGAGAUCAACGACGUACCAGAAAGCAAAUUUUACAUAUUGGGGAUUAAGUGCAAGGACCAAGCAAACUUCGAGGCGUACGUAAACGAGAUGCCCGUUGGAAGCGUUAACGUAAGCCAAAUUCUGAAUUACACAUGGACUUUGUACCUUACAGCGAGUGGGCAAUACAUGAUUUCAUUUCACAUGAUCAAUGAGGAUGGCGCAGUGCCUAACGGUUACUGGGGACGGAGCUCGUAUUUCAGGAACUAUUGGUUGCCAAUAGGGACCAUCGGAAUACUCACAUGCGAUAUUGUGGACAACAGUAAAGAGAACUGGAUGGACCACUGGGUUGGUCCAAGGGAUAACGAUAGUAAACGUUUCAAAUUUAACCACGGAAGUCUGAAGAAGGAUACACGAGUGUAUUACACCAUAAAACUCUACACCUCGGCGUUCGCCUUUAGCUGCAGUUUUGAAAACACUAUCUAUGUAGAGCCAACUAACAACCCACAUUAUAUUCAGCCGUAUUUUUCGGAGGCACUGAACAUCGAAAACUUUGACUUGGUUGAAUGGGACAUCUAA